AUAAUAUCUUACAUAAGCCUUCAGAUCCCUCACAGCUACACCCCUUUGGACUUCCUGCUUGGAAUUCCCAGUAUUUGUCAGUGUAAAGCGGGAAAUGAACAGCCUACAUACUGGCAGUACCGUGCCGGAAGCCAUGAUCUCCCUGCUCCGCUAACCGGGCCAUUUAAAAUAAUUCGAAACCGAAAACAUUCGAGUCCAGCUCUCUGUUGCGUCAGGCCAUUCACAGAGCUAUUGGCUCAUUCCGCCGCCCACGGACAACAUCACAAAGACCUCGGAGCAGUUUAAAUCAUGACCAGGCGCUCUACUUCAGUAGUUCAGACUAGCCUACUUCUGCUUCAGCAUUCUUUCAACGCGCUUGCUUUUCAAUUAGAAACAUUUCGUGCAGUACUGAAAUACUACUAAAGACCGUUGAUUUAUUCUGAAAGUAUACAUGCAAGCAUUUUGUUCUGAUUUAACUGUCGAAAAGCAUCAGUGCACUUGGAGAUGCCAGCUGCUGUCAUGGACAACUUUGACCAGGGAAGUCCUUUCUCUCAAAGUGAUUCGCAAAGUCCUCUUGAUUGGAGCACACAUGCAGAGGACCACAGGCACCAUCGCAGAGACAAAAACAGAGAUGCAGCUCGAAAGAGUCGCAGAAAACACACAGAGAAGGCAGACAUACUGCAUGAGGAACUCCAAACCUUAGAGCAGUCUAAUGCCGCAUUCAUAAAAGAAAUCGCUGAACUGAAGAAGGAGCUUCAAUUCUACACCACAGCCUUGGAACAACAUAUACCUCACUGCACUAAGCAGUGUCCAUUUGAACCAUCAGUUAAUGUUACAGAAGGACCGUCCACAGCUACACCCUCUACCUCAGAUGUCACCUUCAACUCUGACCCCAACCUCUUGCCAGAACUUGCAUUCUUACCAGACACUGAUUCAGUGGACUUAUCUCUAGCAGACCUCCUCGACAGUGCUGAUUGGUGUCCAUGGGACUCAGUGAAUGGAAAUGGGUGUCUACAGCAGUUCUGAGGUGCUGUACAAUCAGUUGUUCGGUCACAAGGCUUACACACUACUACAUCUUGCAAACAGCCCUUUUUGUGGUGUUCAAAUGCUAAUGGUGCUAUAAAAAACAUAAUCCAUUAAAGUGUGAAUAUAUUAUAUAAACAAUACUUACAGGUGGCAUUUACAUGUAGCUAUAUUUUAGAUACGGCAUUAUAUUUUUUUAAUAUGUAGGACCACAGCCUAUGUUGGGCUUAUUGAUUCCAUACUUUAAUCCAUUUUGAUUUGUAAUAUGAAAAUGUUCAGUUAUUUCAUUAAAUUAUUUUUAAUAAUUGUAAAUGUUAUUUAUUGAAAUAUGGGUCAAUGACACUCAUUCCUGUCCAGUUAUAUGAUUUUAUUCAGAUUAAAGCAACUGUGUGUAGUUUUAUGUAUUUGGGCAAUGUUGAAGCGCCUUCAAAAUAUAUCACUGUUUCAAGGUACUUUAAAAAAGGUACAUAUUUGCUGCAAUGUCUUACAAGACAUGCUACACAACAUCUAUAUAUGCCAAUAACACAGCAGUGAUAUAGGUAUCCCAUGGCAACAUAUACAGUCAAUCGCUGUCUUACAAUACAAAGACAUUGUGUAGGAAGAAGACAAGAAAGAUCAAACCAAAAUCCAGAAUAGAUGAACAUAUACGUAGAAUCAAAAUAUGUACUGAGGUCAGUGGAUUUUUAUAGUCAGCCCAUAGAGGUGACCAAGUAUACCAAAAGUCAUUAGGCCUCUAAUGUAAGUCAUAGGUUAGUUUUUUUAACGGUUUAAGAGAAGUAGCCUGACUCAUAUUUUUACCAAAUAUGUACAAACAUUUAACUUUUUUCAUUCUGUACCAUGGUCAAGACACGAUUCAAAUGUUACAAUUCAAAAGAUAUGGAUACGGAGACCGAGUAUGCAAAGGAUUUACCAGUAAUCUUCUGUACAGUAUGAUUUUAUCCUGUUGCAGUCCCAAAACAAAUGUAUCAUGUCAACCUCACAUUUAAAACACAACUGGGAAACAUUGAGAAAUAUUUUAUAAAUGUGAAACGGCAUUAGGUACGUCCUGUGAAUAAACUUAACAUUUUGUUCAUUGUUCAAACCCA